UGUUUGUAAAUAAUCCAAAUAAGCGACAUGAAAAAUUUCUCGAGAUGACUUCUCAAUUAUAUCCUGAUUUCCGUAACUACAAUCCAUCAACACCAUUUCCUAAAUUCACAAAACCACAAAUUGUCGGCUAUUUUAGUUUAGAUGAGAACCGAACUUAUCACGAAACCUUGGAAAACUUAAAAUACCUUUGCCGGGAUGUCUUUUCAAACCAAGAAACAGUAAAUUUCGACUUGAAUCGUGAAUACAAAAAUUACGUUCCAAAGCCAGAAAGUGCUAAAAACGAAAAAAUCGACCAUUUGUUGGAGUUUAUAACAAAAAAUUACGAAAAUCUCAAAGACGAAAAGGGAGAAAAAUUCAUUUCAUCAGAAUUUGUGUGUUUCCGAGGACUUUUGCGACUUUUAAUGUGCACUCCGUUCGACAAUCGAGAACAUUGGAUCAUUUCAGCGCAACGUUACAAGGGAAAUAUUUACUUGUGUGCUCUUGAGACUGAAGAAAAGCGUCAAAAUGAGGCCCAAAAGACAGAUAAAGACAGACUUUUCUGCUCUUACGGCUUUAAAUUCGAGCAAUAUCUAAUGGCAGAGGCUCCAAAUGCUCGUCCUCGACCUGAACUUCCCGUAAAAGAAGCGGAAGAAUUUUGUUUGAUGUAUCAAGCGACCUUAAAUGGACAUAAAAUGCUUUAUGGCGCCGAAAUGGAUGGCGUUGACACGAAAAAUGAAGUUAAAAAUUUAAAAGAUUUGCAAAAUGUGAAGCAAGUUGAGCUAAAAGUCAAACGAGAAGAGCAAAAAUACUACCAGAAACAGAAUUUUGUGAAAUUUAAACAAAUUAAAUGGUGGUGUCAGAGCUUUUUAGUUGGAAUUGAACGAGUUUUGGUCGGAUUGAGAGAUGACAAAGGCAUUGUUUAUCGAGUAGAAGAACAAAAAGUGUCGGAAAUGCCAUCUUAUGCCAAACAAUUUAGAGAAUAUUGGACUCCAUCGAUUUGUAUGCAGUUCUUAAGCGACUUUUUAGGACUUGUUAAAGACGUGAUGAAAGAUGUUGACUCCGAAAAUGACGUUUUUCUGUUCGAAUAUGACCCAAAAAGCAUGGAAGAAGUGAGAUUUGAAGCCUUUCACGGACCAAACCGACAUUCGUUUCUACCUCAAUCGUACUUAAGGUUCGUUCAAAACACUUUUCCGAAUAAAAAUUAAC